GAGUGGUUAAACAAAGAAUGGAACUCACCCGUUUAUGCAUUUUUUCAUCCAACACCAGAAAUCACUGAAUUCGCCAACUGCCACGUACAUGAGUUCAAGUGCCAAGCAAAAGGUUACAAGGUGAAAGUGCGACGCUUCCUUGAUAAGGGUGAUGCACGAUCCACAGGUAACAUGUGGAAACAUGUGCGCUUGUGCUGGGGAGAAGAAGUCUUGAAAGCUGCAGAUAGCGCAAAGGAUGCAAAUGAAGUGUGCAACAAGAUUGUCAGUAGUAUCCUGCGAAACGGAUCUAUUACUACAUCCUUUGAACACAAGGGCAAAGACAAAAUCACGUACUCGCAUCAUCAACACACCCGCACAGAAGCAAGGGCUGAAAUUGUGCAUUGGGUGUCCAAGAGCCUGCGUCCAUUUGAUGUCAUCAAGGAUCGUGCAUUUCAGUCACUGAUGAAAAUGGGGAGACCAGAAUACCACAUACCUUCCCCAUCCACUGUCUCUUGCCAUGUGCAACUUGUCUUUGUGCGGACUCAAAAAUGGGUUGCUAAAAUGUUACAGGAAUAUGACAGUAAAAUUGAUUUUACUACAGAUGGUUGGAUGUCACCCAACCAUCGCGCAUUGGUAGCAUUUUUGGCCCACUUUGAGCACAAAGGGGAGCCACUAAGUAUACCGUUAGACGUUAUUGAAGUCGUGAAGGUGAAAUACCAAUCUAGUAGGCGUAUAUGUGCUAAUGAGACCACAGUCCCACACUGGUGA